AUGAUACGUCGUUUAAGAGGAGGUAAAGCAAAAACUGAAAAUUUACCAAUUUUAGAUAAACAUGGAGAACUUCUAACUAAUUCAAAACAAAGUUUAACUCGCUGGAAAGAGUAUUUCAAUGAUCUCCUAAAUGUACCAUCUCAUGUAGAUCCAAUAACAAUUCAACAAAUCCAUGCAGUUACAAUAACUACAACGGAACAACGACGACAAGAGCAAACACCAUCUCUGGAGGAAGUCCAACGCGCAAUAAAACAAAUGAAAAAUGGAAAAGCGCCUGGCAAUGAUGGAAUCUCUGCUGAUCUUAUAAAAGCUGGUGGUCUACCAAUGGCAAAAUGGUUGCAUGAGAUUUUUGUGGACAUAUGGGAAAAUGAAACAAUAAUUGAAGAUUGGUCAACAGCAAUCCUGAUUCGUCUCUAUAAAAAUAAAGGCGAUAAGAAGAAUUAUUCUUAA